UGACAGCCGGAGGAGUUUCAUCUCCCGUCCCGACACUUUCUCUUCUCGUUUCUGGGACAUAUCGUGUUAUUUAUCCUCACAUAACCCAGAGCCGCGUGGUUCUGCACUCCUUCACGAGUACUUGUGUCAAAAUCCAAGUUUGUGGCCAAUGGCUUAAUAGCAGCACCAGUAAUGCCAGACCAUGACACAAAAUUCUCUCUAAACCGACAAGCCAAGAGAAGACGGGUGGACAUCGGAGUGAAAAGAACUGUAAGCUCAGCUGCCACAUUGACCCAAACAGCAUCUGGCAUCAUCACAGCUAAACCCACCGUCAUGAACGGGAUCCAUAAGCAGGACGUGCUGGAGAGUCAAGCGGCUCGGUUCAGGCACAUGGACAUGGGUACCACUAGGUCAAACAACGUUCUUCGCAAAUUGUUGAAGAGGACCAGCUCAUAUGGAGAUGACAUGGUGCCUUUUCAUAGCUCCGCUAUAAUCAGCAACUUACCCAAGAGGAAUAUGUCCAAGAGUGGUGGAGACCAAGGGAUAACAGGAUCCAAAGCAUCCCAGGAGGACACUUGCAGCACCUCAUCCCAGGACAGCCCUCAAGAAUGUCCCUCGCCAUCUGCAAACACCACACUGUGCCCGUUUGACUUUGAGCGACUCAAUGACGAGCACCUUCGAGCCAAGCGUGCCCGUGUUGAGAACAUCAUUCGUGGAAUGAGCCACUCACCCAACGUGACUGCUCCAUCAAUUCCCCGCGGAAAAGAUUGCGAGCGGUAUGAAGAUGGAGAAACCGAAGGUCCUCUGCGGUCCGGUAGCCCUCGAGACAGCUAUCGUGAGAACAAGAGGAAGCAAAAGUUACCUCAGCAGCAGCACCAAAGCUACCAGCAGCUGGUUUCUGCACAUAAGGAGCAGAAGGUUGAAGAACGCAGGCAGUUGAAGCUGCAGCUGGAGGACAUGCAGAAACAGCUCCGACAACUUCAAGAGAAGCUCUUUCAGAUGUACGACAGCACCGAUUCCGAAGCAGAUGGAGGGAAUAUCUCUGAAGACAGCGUACGAUCUGAUGAGGGCCUUAUAGAUGGUGACCUCAUUGAAGAUUCUCGCUCUAACAAUGACUUGGAUCCGGGACAGUUUUUGGAUCAAGCAAGGGCUCUGCUUGGUGAACAAGUCUUGCCGGUAGUAGAAAAGCCCAAAGGGGAAAGUUCUCUAAGGGGCAAAGAUUUAAUCUCAAUGCAUGAAGAGGGCAAACAUUUGGCAGAAACCCUGAAGCAGGAGCUGAACUCUGCCAUGUCUCAGGUGGUAGAAACCGUGGUGAAAAUCUUUGCCAAAUCUCAUCGGACAACCCAGGACUACAUCGCUGGUAAUGGGGACAACCCGGAUGUCCACACUGCUCACCAAAGGGUGCAAUGCCUCGGUGACGUCAUCAAUCCCAGCCCGCUUGAAUCAUUUGGUGGAGCCCCUCUACCUAGUGCCAACCACCAGACCGAGGCGAUGUCCCUGGUGGUGCGAAAGUCGCCAUUUGAGCACCAUCAAUCCUCUGCACGCGGGGCUGACGGUGGCCACCCACAUCCCUCUCUUCACCCGUCUUCUCUUUCUGCCAACAUGACCUUCAGCUCCCCAUCCUUCCGGCAUCCGUUUCCCCUCUCUCUCAUGGCUUACUCAUUCCAGACUGCAUUUGGUGCCCCAUCAGCAGGAUACUCUAGGAAAGACCAAAACUUUCCUGACUCAAUGGAUCUGUCACGAUAAUCCAUAAGCAUGCCAACCAAAAUGUCUUCCGGCCACCAUCUAGGGUACCAUCGUUCCUGCUCACCAGUUCGCCCGGGAAGCACUGCUGAGGGGCUGUCGCUGUCAUUCAUCAAAUCUGAAUGCGGAGACCUUCAAGAUAUGUCAGACAUCUCGACCUACUCGGGGAGUACAAUCCAGGAGGGUUUAUCUCCAAACCAUCUGAAAAAGGCCAAGGUGAUGUUCUUCUACACCAGGUACCCAAGCUCCAACACGCUGAAGAUGUACUUCCCCGAUGUGAAGUUUAACAGGUGCAUCACAUCUCAGCUGAUCAAGUGGUUCAGUAACUUCAGAGAGUUCUUCUACAUCCAGAUGGAGAAGUUCGCUCGGCAGGCCAUAAAUGACGGAGUGCUGACCGCCGACGACCUCAGCGUGACCUGUGACUCUGAACUCUACAGAGUGCUCAACAUGCACUACAACAAGAGCAAUGAUUUUCAGGUUCCUGAACGUUUCUUGGAGGUUGCUCAGAUAACAUUCCGGGAGUUCUUCAGGGCAGUUGUGUCUGGUAAAGACGUGGAUCCGUCGUGGAAGAAGGCAAUUUAUAAAGUCAUCUGCAAACUGGACUCGGAGGUUCCGGAGAUCUUUAAAUCCAAAAACUGCCUUCAGAAACUCCUACAUGAGUAACAUGUUUUCUCUUUCUAUUCAAAAAUACAGUUUGCGUACAGUAUAUAUAGAUCAUUUGCUGAAUUUUGUUAAGAUUUCUGCCAGUGUGAAGUAACAUUACACAGGUGAUAAAAAAUGUCAUGGUUUUGUUGGAUUUGACCCUUUUCUGUUGGGCUUUUGUUUGUUAUUGAAUGUGUAGACCGAUCUCACGAUAACGUCAUGUGAAGUUUUGCAGUAUGUGUUCUGGAAAAACAGGGCUGGACUUUCUUCUUUUGUUAUAUUUUGAAUGUUUGUUUUGCAAGACGUGCAUUAUCAUUUCAUGUAUUAUUCCAUAACAUAAACCUUGAUAUGCAAAUGUUAUCUAGUAAGUAUAGGUUUCAUUUGUUCUUUCUGUUUGGGUUUGUUGAGGGUCUAAGCCGGGAACACAACGCUGUUAUGUACAGAAGCUAACUUUUCUCACCGUCUGAGACGAUAGAAAGGCUGAUGCUCAUUCUGUUUUAUUUGCCCGCCGCGGCUCUGAUGGGAUGUGUUUCUGUGUUGGACACGCAUGUCAAGUCACCCACACCGAGGAAACGGUCUAUAAAACCUCAAAACACGAGUGUUCCUCGUUGCCUCGUUCUCUACACAUCAUUCCAGACCUCUGAUAAGAGUGUUUGUGUGUUUUAAGUGUAUGCUCAUCUUUGACUAUCUCCUGCAAGUGAUCUUUUAUUUAUUUUAUUUAUUUUGCUGUGCAGUGCAGUAUUUUCAUGCACAGUGCACACUUACUGUAGAAGGAUUCAUUACAAAAUAAGUCUCUUCAGGUUUCUAUACUUGGCAUUCAAUCAGUUUUGUUGGGAAGUGAAAAAAUUAAUUAUGCUUUGUUUUUUUUCAUUCAUAAAGAAAUUGACAAAAAGUUUUUCUUCGUGUCUUUUUUAAUAUUUGAAAUAAACAUGUGUCUGUUGAAAGGUCUGUUUCUAAAUGGACAGCCUGCACUUCAUGUCUUCCUUAAUCCGAUCUAACAGCUUUUUUUUUACUAUUUACGUUGUGUGCUUCCACAAAGUCAUGGCCAAAAAACUCCCCCCUUGCACCCUUGGUAGCUUUUCUCAUUCAUAUAUACGCUUUUCUUAGCGUACUAAGGUGACUAGAACCAUGAAAUUGUCACAUUUACACCAUCAGGGCGAUAACGAAGAAGUUCAAAUCAGUACAGUGCAGGCAGUGAAAUAAUGCCAAACUAAUGGAAAGUCAGACUUCAGACCAAUGUCUUUAUUAGACGGAUUAAAAUACACGAACAGUCUAUUCAAUUUAAAUCAAACUUGUGUAAAUAGUUUAUAAAAGCAAACAACAUAGUAAAUAAUUACCGCUAACCACGUUUGAUAUCAUAUCAUUGGCGCCAUCUUGCGACUCGUGACGGUCACUACAGCCCCUGGCGUUUGUAAAAAUGACCAGAGAACACAACAGCAUCCAUUCAAAUAACUCUGGAGUGAGUGUUAAACGUUUGACAGAUGAGGACAGAGUUCCCAUCUGAAACUAAAAAGUAAAUAAAACAUCUGGAUGACAGAGAAGACAAGUUACAUUGAAUCCACAUGAGCGGUAACCGGUCCAUGGAAAACGUUUGCAGUAUUGUCAUGUUAUGUUGUUUCAGUGUUUGUUUUAUUGUUUAGUUGAUUUGUGUUUUAUUAGAUGCCGAGAUGACUCUGAGUAACCAAGAAGGCUUUGUGAACUUAUCUGUAAACACGUUUCUGUAAUAAAUAAUAAAAACAUACAUUAGGCUGUAAUAAUCUCCACAUGAUUUUAUGUGACCAUUAAUUUGCAAGUACAAUUAUUGUCUUCACAAGGAAUUACUAUUUUACAUUUGAAAAUGUUUCUACAUUACUUUAACCACUGGCCGAAAUGUAAAACCAUACACUGAAAACACAGAAAUGAUCCACACAGACCGAAGAACAGAUUCUUAAAAAAUACCAAACAGGGUGAAGAAUGUGAGAUGUUUUCAAGGUUGAUUAUUAAAAGCUGAAGAAAGAUGGACUGGCCAUGAACAUGAAUAACUAUUU